AGACAAGGCAUGGCGUGGACAAAUGAGUAAUAAAAAAAGCAAGUGAAGGUAUAUGGUGCCAGAACAGAAGGCAUAGCACAACUGAACAAACAGAACUCGCUUGCUUCUUCAAACCUCUUCUCCUUUUCCAUCCACUGGAGAGAAGACAAGAGAGAGAAACACAGAUUGUUCCCUUCCCUUCCACAAAAAAACGACAAAUCCUCUUCUCCUUCUUCUCUGUCUUCUAGGGUUUCUCUUCCGCCAUUGCCGACCUCACCCGUGCCUCCUGCUUACUCUUCUCCACUGGCAUUGCUCUCUGAUCCUCUCUACUCUCCAAUCUCAUUCCUAUUCCCUAAUUUCUUCCCCUCUGUUUUAGGGUUAUCGUCGCUCUAUUGCCGAUUCCGCCAUUUCUCACUUCGACUUCGAGAUUGUUGCAGCAGGUGCAUUGUUUUUGCCUCUCAAUGGUAUGUUCCCCAGGAAGUGGGAGAAUGGAAGUCAUGGCAAGGCUUCUCGCUGCUGGGACUUUCUCUCACACUGUAGCAGAUGACUUUGCCCGUGAGAAGUUGGCUGCUGAGUAUAUUUGUAGAGAACUACGUGAGGCAGAUGAAGCAAAUUUGCUUCACGAAGAAGAAGAAUGAAGGUGCUGAUUGUCACAUGCUGAAAAUGAAUAAGUCUCUGUUUGGAAAAACUUCUCAAUAAGCACUUAUAGAAGAAGGAAAUAAGAAGAUAUGCAUGUCUAUGGUGAGAGCCCCAUGACUGAUGCCUUGCAGCUGGUAUGCUGCAACACUUGCAAGAAACCAAUCAAGGACAGUCAAUUUGCUGCUCAUGCAGAACUUUGUAGGUCAUUAAAGCUCACAGAACAGACUAUGGUGGAGCUUGACACUGGGAAUCGAAAACCUCCAAGGAAGGAAAAGAAAAAGUUAGGAGCUUCUUCUGCAAACCAAGCUUCUGCAGUUGGGGAGCAGAGAAGGUCCGAGUCUAUAGACAAUAUUGACUCUGCUUUGUCACAAUCCCACUUGAAUAGUCAAAUCAGAGUGGUUCCCUUUUCCAAUGAGGUAACAGGAUACUCAAGUUGUGUAGGUGCAGCAUUGAUCAUGGAUGGUACUGGCAUUGAUGCUGGAAAUAGAGAUCACUCAGCCUCUGUAAUGUAUCCUCCAACAAAACGUCAUAAAUUGAUAGCAAACAUACAUCUACCUGUAUUAGAAAGCCAUGGAACAGAAUCUGGAGAGACAAAAACUGUGAGUUUCACAGAUGGAAUUACUUGUAAUUUCCUGGAAAGAACUAUUUCACAACGUGGAGAUCCUAACCAUAAAAACCGUGGGCAGGUCCUUGUGCAACAUCAAGGCAUAAUGAAGAAUGAUUCUCCUGCACCCCUUGCUACGAAGAUAUAUUAUUCACAAAGGACCAAUCGACUGCGUGCCAGAAUUCGUCAUCUUUACUUCCAGGACUUAAAUGGGCAAUGUUGUACUGAUGUUGUGUGUCCAAAGACUUCACAUGCAGAGAUGGUCGCAUUCCAAGAUUCAUCUCUGAGGGACCCUUCAUUUGAUCAAAUGGACAAUGUGCAUGAGGGCCGAUUGCCUGCUCAAAAAUCUGAUCAUAUUCUUGCAAAAAGCUCAGAAAUUGGCUUGCUUAAGGCAGGGGGACUGCCAAGUAGUGGCUUGCCAAAUCAAUUUCUUGAUAAUGUUUCUAGGUCUGCAGGCACUAAUGGUGGUUUGACUAGAAGCAACUUUCUUCCAACAUCUUAUUCUUUUGUGAGCAACACAGGAAAUCCACUGGGAACAAUGCAGCAACCAAAUGGGAGUGUUCCUGUUAUUUAGUAACCUUGGUGGAAUUUUUUUGGGUAGGUGAAGGUACAGGUAACCAAUACAUGACGUUAGGAUUUAGCUCCUUUUUUGAAGCUGAUAAAGUAAAUUAUUCAAAUUGUGUAUCCUGUCAUCUGCUUUGUACAUGAAAACUUCUAUUAUAUAAUGAAUGGAAAUGAAGAAAUUGUUAGCUCUAUA